UGAAGAUCUCUAACGUUGUCGCACAUUUUGUCUCACAGGUGGGAGGAUAUCAUUCUACUUCACAACACCGCAUGUGAUGGCUACUCUAUAAGUAGUUGGGCGACUUCCAAAGUAGCGCAAGAGUGGUAGAACGUCUUCAAGAUGGGGUACAACGUCUUGAAGGAACUGUGGGCCUUCCGAAAAUCAUUCAUAUUUUGGUUUGUACCCAUUGCUGCGUGCCCGCUGCCUAUAUACUUUGGUGUGGCCGAGACGGACUUCUACAAGGAAGCAGCAUGUGCCUACGUGGUGAUCAUCAUGGCGUUUUACUGGAUGUUUGAGGUGGUGCCCCUGGCUGUCACAGCUCUCAUACCACUCAUACUCUACCCGGUCAUGGGGGUCCAACCGUCUGGGGACGUCAGCAAGAACUAUCUCAAGGACACCAAUGUGCUGUUCAUAGGCGGCCUGUUGGUUGCAGUAGCUAUAGAACAUGUCAACCUGCACAAGAGGAUCGCACUCGGGGUUCUGCUAGUCGUCGGGUCACAGCCAAGAUGGUUGAUGCUGGGUUUUAUGCUGGCCACUGCCUUCCUGUCCAUGUGGAUCAGUAACACUGCCACCACCGCCAUGAUGACUCCCAUAGGCGCAGCCGUACUGGCGGAACUCUUCAAGGACGAGGAUAAACUGGCUAAAGAAGUGGAGGGUGAAAGCAACGAGGCUGUCGAGUUGGACGCCAUAGACGUAGAAGGCAAACCGCCCGAGUAUGACAAUGUAGUCGCAGAGAAUGGAGAAGCUGUAACGGAACAACAGGAGACAAAACCGCCUGAAGUACAGAUUGUGAACGAGAAAGAGUCGUCCCGUCGCCAGUCCAUGCAGAAGGGCCUGAUGCUCUGCAUCGCCUACGCCGCCAACAUCGGAGGAACGGCAACUCUCACCGGCACAGGACCCAACCUUAUUGUGUCCGAACAAAUGGAAAUAAUCUUUCCGGACAGUCCCGGGAUCGACUUCGCCACGUGGUUCUUCUUCGCGGCUCCCGGCAUGGUCAUCACUCUAAUCCUCGCCUGGUUGUGGCUCAGCACGCUAUUUGUAGGCUGCAGAUGUGCAGAAGACUGCGCCUGCUGUGGCCAGAAGAAGAGAAGUGGCGCCGAAGACGUCAUCAGGAAAGCCUAUGAUGAACUUGGACCGAUCUCAUUUGCAGAGGGAGCUGUGAUCUUCCAUUUCGUCCUUCUGGUUUUCCUGUGGUUCUUCCGGGAGCUGAAGUUUGUGGAUCUGGGAGAGAAGCAGGCUGGAUGGACAUAUUUUUUUAUUCCAGGGUACGUCACCGACGCCACAACCGCCAUGAUUGUAGCCUUCGCCUUAUUCAUGUUCCCGUCCCGGCCACCCAGGUUCCUCUGCUGUCGCGGCAAAGAUGAUGAAGAGAAGCCCGGGCCGGUACCAGGCCUGCUAGACUGGCCGACCGUUCACACCAAGAUGCCGUGGCACAUCGUACUGCUGCUCGGGGGAGGAUUCGCUCUUGCUGACGGUGUAGAGAAAUCCGGGCUGUCAGCUUGGCUGGGCCAGCAGUUCAGCAAGCUUGCAGGGAUUGAGGCCUGGACCAUCUGUCUGAUUGUGUGCAUCGGAGUGGCCGUUUUCACAGAGGUGGCCAGUAACGUCACAGCCACGAGCAUCUUCAUCCCCAUCCUGGCUCAAAUGGCCAGAGGAGUCUGUAUGAAUCCGUACUUCCUGAUGGUCCCAGCAGGCAUUGCGGCUUCCUUUGGCUUCAUGUUGCCCGUGGCAACGCCUCCAAACGCCAUCGUCUUCUCAUACGGAGGGAUCAAAGUGUCCGACAUGGUGAAGACUGGAUUCUUCAUGAACAUCACAAGCCUGUUGGUGCUCAUGGUCAUGAUCAACACUCUAGGCGUGCCCAUUUAUGACAUCAACACCUUCCCUUCCUGGGCCAACGACACUUCUACACCCUGUUUUUAACUUAACAAAGACAUAGACAUGAGUAUCUUUUAUCAUAUGUGCUUUGAUAUAGUUUCCAUAAUGCUGCCAAUUCAGGAAAGACUGUGUAUUAGAUAUUAUGCAACGGAUGCAGUGUAAGAUGAAAUACAUUUUAUUUGUCCUUUUAGUAAUGUCUGUAGAAACAUUAGAUGCAUGUAUGGAAUAUACCUUUUUUACUAUUUGCACCCUUGUUAUUAGGCUAAUGGCAUGAAUCUUUAAUAAAGUUAUCAUAAAGUAGGGGAGUUGCGUGUUGUGACUUGUGGAACAAAGAUACGCAAGUAUGGUAGCUGCGUUAAUGGUGCUUUAUUAAAUCCAAAACAUCCAUUGAAGUCACUGUGAAAUAACAUUAGGUAAAGAAGAGCUCACACGUAUGUAUUCAAGUCCGUUUUAGGUACGCAUGGAAGUCUUUAGCUUCUACAAGGCUCCACAGGUCGCUGGAAAAAUGAUAUAAAAUAUAGCCGGAUAACAUGCCAGUGAAAUUAACUGGUUGCAAACCAUACUUCUCGGACAGCUAAUUCCUCUGGCAUGUUAUGUGUCAAGUGACCACUCAACGCCGUGCUUGCCGCAUCAUCCUGGGCCAAAACUUCACUCACUACUCAGAAGCCCUGACUCAACUCGGACUACCAACCCUUGCCUCCAGGAGAGAACAACUUUGCAAAAAAUUCGGACUGAAACUCCUGAACUAGGCUAUCAGAGACUGGCUUCCCCAAUCCCGGGGUGAAGCCAGUGGGCGGCUAAUGCGGACUAGCCACAAACUUAACUCUAUUUACACACGAACUGAGCGCUACCGCAACAGUCCGAUACCUUACAUUACCACUGUAUUGAAUAAGGAAUUGUGACCGUUAACACGAAUGUUGUUGGUUUGAAUGUUGAUAUAUCAUAUCAUAUGAUAGAUUUUAACGAUUUUUUGCCAAUCUAUAGAAUUUUCAUCGCAACAAUUGUCAUGUAUUAAUCUAUUGCGAUGUAAAGCCCGUGAAAUGUAAAUGCUUUUAACUCGUUUGUAAAGUCUGAAACAAUUCAGCUUCGGCUGCUAUUUCUGGACUACUUGUACUAUUUGUAUGCAACAAACCAGUUAUUAUAUUUCUAUUAUAUUUCUAGCGACCUGUGGAGCCUGGUAGAGGCUGAGAAUUCUACUAGGACCUCAUAUGAACUUGAAUAUAUACAAACGUGUGAACCUGACUUAUUCAACCAGACGGCAAUCCCACUGUGACCUCGAUGCGACCUAAAAUGUGAUUUAGGUAACCGCUGACUUCAUAAUUGAACUGUGACGCAAAAGAAAUUAAAAAAAAAAGGUUUCACUGAAAAGACAACAAAAAAGACAAAGCGUGCAAUGAUUCUUUUAAACAAUGAAAAUUUC